CAACGCUGCAUGUAAACACGAGGAAAGGUUGCCUAGUCACUUAUCAUUUUUUUAAUCCUCGUGCAGUCGUUCCUGUCUUUCUUCUCUCGUUUCACCCUUCUCUCCUCCCGUCACCAACACAGGGGAGGCUUACAGAUCCUCAGUGCCUCGGGGUCUAUCUUGACUCCCACAGGCACCACUGCUGAGAGAUGCUGCUGUGCAUUGGUCCGGAAGGCACAGGCAAGACACUGCUGCUGCGGAGACUUGCCAACCUAACAAAGCCAGACAUCAACCUGACCACAGUGCCCACAGUUGGCAUGAACAUCACCACCAUCUCUCAAGGUCCUGACCUGCCUCCCAUCAGCAUCAGGGAAUUGGGGGGUAGCAUGGCACCCAUCUGGCACAGCUACUAUGGAGGUGUGCCCAAAGUCAUGUACGUCAUUGAUGCCGUUAACUUGACACAGCUGGGAGAGGCGACAAUGCUGCUGAUGGACCUUCUGUCACACCCAAGGUUGAGGGCAUCACAGUGCACCGUGUGAUUGUGGCUGCUUGUUGCACUGCACAUAAUUGCUCUAAAUACUUGAACAACUGAACCUAACCAUCCUUGAAUACCCUAAUCCUGAUGACAGUAAAGGGAAUUUGGUGCAAAACAGUGUGAGGUCAGUGUG